AUGCCUUUUCCCUUUUCGUCCGCUCUUCUCGGCUAUAUCUUAACUACGAGCACUACUCUCACCUCCCUAGUCGCAGGACAGUAUUACCCUCCGACGCCUGAGGAUCUCACCGUUAUUCAUUCGGAGAUAUUCCCUGGUGCGAGGAUCUCCUAUAAGCAACCCCUCGGCAUCUGCACCACCACCCCCUCCACCCCCAGCUACUCCGGCUACAUCCACCUCCCCCCACACACCCUUACCAAUCUCUCCAUUCCAGGAAUCAGCAUCUCGCAACCAUACCCUAUCAAUACCUUUUUCUGGUACUUUCCUUCCCGCCAUCACCACAACAAUGAUACAUCCCCACUCACCAUCUGGAUGAACGGCGGGCCCGGCGGAUCCUCCAUGAUUGGGCUAUUUCAAGAGAACGGGCCAUGUACUGUGAAUACGGACUCGAAUUCCACGGCCUAUAAUCCCUGGUCGUGGAAUGAGUACGUCGAUAUGUUGUAUAUUGAGCAGCCGGUGCAGACGGGAUUUAGUUAUGAUGUGUUGAGGAAUGGGACGUUAGAUUUGAAUGAGACGUUUUUGGUGGGGACGUUGCCGAGUCAGGAUGUGCAUGGGACGGUGAAUGGGACGGUUAAUGGGGGAAGGGCGCUUUGGGUUGCGUUGCAGGUUUGGUUGGGUGAAUUCUCUGAAUAUGUUUCUUCUGUUGACGGGAAUGGUGGUGGUGAUGACAGGGUGAGUAUAUGGACGGAGUCAUAUGGGGGACGGUAUGGACCGGCAUACACGGCGCUCUUUCAGGAGAUGAAUGAGAGGAUUGAGAGUGGGGAGGUAAGCACCGGGAAGAAGAUCCAUUUGGAUACGCUGGGCAUUAUCAAUGGGUGUGUGGAUUUACUCGUGCAGGUCCCUUCGUUCCCUGAGCAGGCGUAUAACAAUACGUAUGGGAUCGAGGGAAUCAAUCGCACGCUCUACGACCGGGCUAUGGAUAGUUGGAGCAAGCCUGGCGGGUGCAGGGAUAUGAUCAUCGAGUGUCGCGAUGCUGGCGAGCUCGGAGAUCCCCUCAUCAUCUGCGAGGAGGCGUCGGACUACUGUUCGCGGGAGAUCAAGAGCCUGUAUACGAAUACCUCCGGGCGAGGAUACUACGACAUAGCGCAUUUCACGCCGGAUGCAGCUCUCGUGCCUUACUUCGUCGGGUUCUUGAAUCGCCCAUGGGUGCAAAAGGCACUUGGGGUCCCGGUGAACUAUACCAUGUCGUCAGAGGCAGUGGGGAACAGUUUCGCCUCGACGGGCGAUUAUCCGCGAAAUGAUCCCCGCGGAAUGAUCGGGGAUAUUGGAUACUUGCUUGACUCCGGUGUCAAGGUGGCUAUGGUAUAUGGGGACCGGGACUAUGCUUGUCCGUGGCGCGGCGGGGAAGAUGUCAGCCUGCUGGUGGAGUACGAGGAUGCGGAGAAGUUCCGUGCUGCUGGGUAUGCCGAAGUGCAGACGAAGUCAUCCUACGUUGGGGGUCUAGUAAGGCAGUAUGGGAACUUCUCGUUCACGCGUGUCUUUCAGGCGGGCCAUGAGGUGCCAUUUUAUCAGCCCGAAACGGCGUAUGAGAUUUUUAAUCGCGCUCAGUUUAAUUGGGAUAUUGCGACGGGAGGCAUUUCUCUGGAGCAGAAUCAGAGCUAUGGGACGGAGGGACCGUCGUCAACGUGGCAUAUCAAAAACGAAGUGCCGGAGAGCCCUGAGCCGACGUGCUAUUUGUUGGCGAUGGAUUCGACUUGUACGGAUGAGCAGAGGGAACGGGUGCUGAGUGGGGAUGCGGUGGUGAGGGAUUGGGUUGUUGUUGAUGAUAUUGAGGCUGAAAGCUCGUUCAGCGGUGUUGGUGAUCAGCUGGCACAGGUCCCUUUGGGACAUUGA